AUGACAACAGGGGGAUACAAGCUGACUCUAGCUGUGAUUUCGUUAAUCUUGUCGGUGACGUUACAAGCAAUAGCUCUCAGCUGUAUCCAGAUUGACGAGUGUAGCUGCAAGUUUGAUGACGUAGAGGGGGCAGUCAUCAGUUUGAGACCCCUUCUAAACAGCACCAUGGUGCCUCCACUCUUUAAAGAUCACCAGGCAACGGAUGGCAGUUUCUAUUCAUACAACCCGUGCUAUACUUUCAGUGAAGGCAACUGUACAGACAGCUCG